CAACAAUACGUUAGUUCCUCUCUCUCUCUCAUACGCAAACAAACAACCGCGCUCUCUCCCUCUGUAGCGAUAAAGUCUACCGUUUCGAGGAAAGAUUCUCCCUUGAAUCCUUCGAGAAAUUGCGAUACUCUUUUUGCUCUUAUAUCAUUCGGUCCAUCAAACACCUUUGUCUGUUUUCUUAAAUCUGUAUCUUAGGGCUUGUAGUCAAUCAAAAGAAUGUUCUUGGUCGAUUGGUUCUACGGAGUUCUCGCAUCGCUUGGUCUGUGGCAGAAAGAGGCUAAGAUCUUGUUCUUAGGCCUUGAUAAUGCCGGCAAAACUACCUUGCUUCAUAUGUUGAAAGACGAGAGAUUGGUUCAACAUCAGCCAACACAAUACCCGACAUCAGAGGAGCUUAGUAUCGGGAAAAUUAAGUUCAAGGCAUUUGACUUGGGUGGGCAUCAGAUUGCUCGUCGAGUGUGGAAAGAUUAUUACGCUAAGGUGGAUGCUGUUGUUUAUCUGGUGGAUGCCUAUGACAAAGAAAGGUUUGCCGAAUCUAAGAAAGAGCUGGAUGCUCUCCUCUCUGAUGAGUCGUUGGCCAGUGUUCCGUUUCUUAUACUGGGUAACAAGAUAGACAUCCCGUAUGCUGCAUCAGAAGAUGAAUUGCGUUACCACAUGGGGCUAACGGGCAUCACAACUGGCAAGGGAAAGGUAAACCUGGCGGAAUCCAAUGUUCGUCCCCUUGAGGUAUUCAUGUGCAGCAUAGUCCGCAAAAUGGGAUAUGGAGAAGGCUUCAAAUGGCUCUCUCAAUACAUUAAAUAACACAUGUAGGAAGUGAAAUAUUGUCAUUUUGUUUUGCUUAUGCUUUUGUACUGGAUAUGAGUUGGAACGUCUGUUUGAAAGCACUGUUGAUUAUGCUUCUCUUGUUCUAGCUUUCUAGGAAUAUGGUGAACGAAAGGAUGUUCAAGAUUUCUUGUUACAUAACAAAAUGUUUUACUGAAA